GUGCUGUCAGACCUGCACGAAAGUCAGUUUACCUCAACACACCUUGGUGCAGCUGAAUCGACGUUCAUCCGUUCUUGUGGAUAUACAUCUAAUGGUCAGGAGUGAGUGAUGCUCACAUCUUUACUUUCUUAAAAAAAGAAGAGCAUCUUACUGAAUGGAUUUAUUGCUGCAUGCACCAUGAUCUGGUUAAUUUCCUUCGUUGCACCUUUGGCUGUGUAGGAUCGUCCACAAUUGUAGUCUUCAAUACGCAGAAGUGCCAAUAAAAUGCAUAAACAAGUGGAGGUCAGGAUGGGUGAGAACCACCUUGAGCCGUCCGUGGACAGUCCUGAGAAUCCAUGUGCCGGUUUCUGCGACAAGAUAAUGAAGAACAUGGUUCUAACUCUCACCAUCCUCGGCGUGUUCCUGGGCUCCAUUGCGGGAAUGCUUCUACGGCACAUAUCGCCUCUCCCUCCGGAUGUUAUAAUGAUCAUUGCCUUCCCUGGGGAGAUUCUAAUGAGGAUGCUGAAGAUGCUUAUUUUACCUCUUGUUGUUUCCAGUCUGGUCACAGGACUUGCAGGCUUGGAUGCGAAAUCCAGUGGCCGUUUGGGCACCAGGGCCAUGGUGUACUACAUGAGCACAACAGUGAUUGCAGCUGUCCUAGGAGUGAUAUUAGUGCUGCUCAUCCACCCAGGGAACCCAAAACUGAGGGCUAAUCUUGGACUUGGAAAGAAGAAUGACGAGGUGUCCAGUGUGGACGCCUUCUUUGAUCUCAUCCGAAAUCUUUUUCCAGAGAAUCUGGUGCAGGCUUGCUUCCAGCAGAUUCAGACAGUAAUCACCAAAGUACAGGUCCCCACAAACAGGACCAGAGCUCCUCCACAGUUCACAAUUAAGAGGUCACUUCAGUUCAAGAGCGGCAUGAAUGUCCUGGGUUUGAUCGGAUUCUUUGUUGCAUUUGGAGUCAUUAUGGGCAAGAUGGGAGAAAAAGCAAAGCUCAUGCUGGAGUUUUUCAAUGUGCUCAAUGAGAUUGUCAUGAAGCUUGUAGGUGCAAUUAUGUGGUAUUCUCCUUUUGGUAUCGCCUGCCUCAUCUGUGGAAAAAUCAUCUCCAUUGCUGACUUGGAGGUGGUUGCAAGGCAGCUGGGGAUGUACAUGGUCACUGUGAUCGUGGGUCUCAUCAUCCAUGGAGGCAUUUUUCUUCCAUUGAUCUAUUUUGUUAUAGUGAAAAAAAAUCCAUUCACGUUCUUUAUGGGGAUAUUCCAGGCCUGGGUCACAGCACUUGGAACAGCGUCCAGUGCUGGAACGUUACCAGUCACAUUCAGAUGCCUAGAGGAGAACUUGGGCAUCGACAAGCGAGUCACUCGCUUUGUCCUACCAGUAGGUGCCACCAUCAACAUGGACGGCACGGCCCUCUACGAGGCUGUGGCUGCCAUCUUUAUCGCUCAGAUGAACGGAAUUGAUCUAGACUGGGGCCAGAUCAUUACAGUCAGUAUGACAGCCACGUUGGCCAGUGUUGGAGCAGCCAGUAUCCCCAGUGCUGGACUUGUGACGAUGCUACUGAUCCUCACAGCAGUGGGUCUGCCCACUCAGGACAUCAGCCUUCUGGUGGCUGUCGACUGGCUUCUUGAUCGCUUUCGUACCUCUGUCAAUGUGGUUGGGGACUCCUAUGGUGCAGGUAUUGUGUACCACCUUUCCAAGGACGAGCUUGACAUGUUUGACGCCCAGCAGGUCAGGAUGGAUGACUUUGAGAUGGCAAAGACACAAUCGUUCUUUGAAAACAACAGCAACCAGAACGUUUAUGCUCACCACAACUCAAUCUUGAUAGACGACUGCAAGGUCACCAUGGGCAAAAAUGGGAACACUCGAGAGUUCUCUCUUGUUGAAGAGGAACCAUGGAAAUUUGGGUAAAGCAGAUUCAGUUGCUGCUCUACCUUAUCCUGAAUUUCAUCAGCUCUCUCAUUCUGAGGACACGACUUAAAGAAAAAAGUAAUCAUAGAAAGAAAAAAAAACAGGAACAGAAUUAAACAAGAAACGUCGACAUGGCUGAUUGGCCAUUCAGAUUCAACGGUUGACCAGUGGGACUGAAGGCAUUUACCCAUCCGGGUGGCAGCUGGUCACAAUCUCAAAGUAGCACCUUGUGUUAGCUCUUUCAUCUGCUCUGACAACACACAUCUGUCCUGAAUUGAACUGAUCUACAGACAGGGCCUUAUUUGUGGCUUGUGUGUACUCUGUCUUAUCCCAAUCGGCAACACCUUUCUUCGUGUUCAAGCGCUUUCUCUGGAACUUUAGUGGCAGAGUCUGGAUAACGUGGAAAAGAUGGCCUUGCUUUUUAAAGAGAAUCAAAGACUCAAAAGUAAAAAAAUAGCAAAGGUCUGACAGGCUCCAAUUGUGACUGGUUGUUGCGAAAAUGUUCUUUUCUCUACAGAAAUAAACAAAAUGGUCCAAAGAGAGUCAAUUGCAAAUUGAAUGUAUACAAAGUAACUGGUGGUAAUACAGACAAGUGCAGGACUGUUAAGCACUGUAUGAUCUUUUACUCUUUGACUUAUGGGAUUACACUGUCACACACAUGCUUAAACCCAAGAAGCAAAGCCUAAGACUUAGGUAAGAGGGGGAGUGGCCUCUAAAUAAGGCAAGAAACAGUACAGCAUGUGUUGUACAGAGUAAAUCUCCCCAUGGGGUGCAUUAAAGGUGCCCUUCCAGCUGCUGUAUUUACUCAAAUAUUUAUUUAUCUACAUUUUUCUAUGCAAGAUGUUUAUGAGUAAAGAAUGGAAAGUUGGCUUGCCUGUUUCCUGGAUACUAUCUGUCCUCCUGAGAGGAAAAGAAAACUGUCAAUCAACGAGAGAAAACGAGAGGAUUUCCUCUGAAACUUUGCAGGCUCGUGCUUUGUUCUGUUUUAUUUCAAAGUGUUUAUUUAUUUGAUAUUCGACUACUUUGCCUUGAAGAUGUCACCUGCAGAGUGCAGUCACUGUUUUGAGUGCAACAAACUUUUUUUGUCAUUUCAUUAGGAUUCUUUAAGAUAAAAUUCUAGCUUGGGAAACGAAGAUUUCCAGAUUUCUUUAACAUUGCUACACUUUGGUAGGAGGAUGGCUGGGACGUCCUCUUUAGAGAAAGUGAAGAAGCUGGACAGAUUUACUUUAUACAGACACAGUUGUGUAAAAUAAAGUUGAACCCUGAGUCAGUUUAGAAGUUUCAAAAAGAGCAUACAACACUGAAUUUUUUGGUAGAAAUAACCUAGUUUAAAAAGCAACAAAAAAGCAGCUCUUUCAUUAAUGGUUUGUCAAAAAAAAGUUUAAAAACUGAAGUAUUGGGUUACCUACCAACAGUUCUUUUAGAACAAAAUUUUUUUUUUAAAGAGACAUGUUUUGUUUUUCUUUUAUUUGUGCAUUUUUGGAAAGUCAAUACAAAUCAAAAUAUGUCAAUAAGUCAAAAAAGAGUGCUCACUGCUCUAUGACAGUUAUAAAAAAACAUUGGGAGGCAGCAGAAAAUCUUUUGACAAACACCCCACAGCAAAAGUCUUGUUUUGAAUUUUCUUCAUAAAGCCCUUCCAACCAUAAUAAUAAAUAAAUAAAACUUGUAGCUGAGGCCAGCAAGGUUUUAAUUUUCUACAGUACAAAUUUUUUUUAAAAACCCCUCCGUUAUGCUGUUUUGUUAUUCGCUAGCCAUCUCCAUAUGCAGCUACGUUCGGUCACACCGCCCUUGGUACGUUCCAAUGAAAAUACUUUGUAAACAUGCAUAAAAACAGGUUUCAGGGUUCUGCAUUCAAAAUUCUUUUAUUCCUGUAUAGCUAUGUACAUUUUAAAACCAUCUUCGGUCUUUGUGUACAAAAAGCGUGGCCAUCAAAAGCAUUUUGCAAGGUAAACCAGGUCAAACGUUGACUUAUCAGGGACUCAGAUUUGGUGUGACACCACAUGUUGCAUUUAUCAGAAUAGAGCUAUGAAAGAUUUGGGAGAUUUGCACCGCUUCGACAUUUCGCACAAAGCUUAUCCCGACUGUAGGUGCACGGCAUGCGCUUGUAGACAGUAGAAAAAGAAAAAGUAGCUUCUCCCUGCUUGUCCAGUGUGAACACCACGUUACACCCAUUCAAAAGAUGUUCAGCGUGUUUUUGAAUGCGAGUUAUAUGCCUGGUGUAGUUGUAUAGAAUUGAAAGUCAGAAUGGUCUGUUGACCUGUUCUGACUUUCUUUCAUUGACGAUUUUGGGUUCAAACAAACAUCAAUCUCCAAAAUGUCUUCAUGUCAAAAACAAAGGCAAAUAUUUAUCAAACACUAAUUACUUGAGAAUUCACUGCAAGUGCUUGAACAAGCUUUUGAUUAAAGACGUUUUCCAUUUUCUAUUCCAAUGGUUCUGCGCACUAGCUCAAUUUGUCACAAACGUCGUUUUUCCCCCUCGAACAAAUGUCGUUCUUAAUUAUGAAACCAACUUAGAACCAAAAUGUUUAUUUGUAUGCUCUUGUGAAUACAUAUUUGAAACUGACAGGGAGUUUACUGUGUUUUACACAAGCAAAACGGCAAAACUUGUAACAGCGUAACUUUUAAACAAUUGCAUCUGUUUAGCAUCUCUACAAUCAAUUUCUGCCUCCAGCACUCAUGAAUGUGACAAGGUCAGCAGAUGUUGUUUAUGCAUUUUCUCAGAGUUUCACGGUGGAGCAACUACUUUUAUCUAGAUGAAGGCUGAACCGUAUGUUUCUAUUUCAAAUAAGCAAUAGCUUACAUAUUCAUAUUUAAAGUGCCUGUUUGCACUUUGUGUAUAUAUUCUCAAUAGAUGAAUUGUACAAAUCAGAUGUAUAGACUUUACGUUUUUGUCAUAAUCAUUAUUUUUACUAUGCUGAAAGUUUGUAUAGUGAUUGUUUGUAUAGUUAUUAAUGUGUCAUCACUUCAAAAUGUUGACAUCAUCCUUGACGAAAUGUCAAUGGUUCCCCUUCUGAUGAAGAGAACUAAUUUUCAAAAAACAAACUGGGAAAUGAAAUGUUUUAAGGCUCUGUUUGUUGUUGGUGUGUGAGCAUGAUGGCUUUGGCAGCUACAUAUGGUGAGUGUCCAUAGAUUGUGAGAAUACCGGCUAGAUUUUGUCUCUGCCACAUCACCGCAUUCAAAUGAAAUGUUUUGUCCAUCUUAAACUACUGCCCCUUCAGUUGCACUUGUUUCCAGUAAUUAUUCUAGCUUAGAAAAUGUCGUCAACUGGUCUUAUUAGGUGCACAAGUGAAGUUCUAGAAUAAAAAAAAAUGUUGUUUAUUUUUUAUCUGUUUGAUUCUAUGCACAAAUCAGAAAAAAAAAAAAAACGUUUCGUUAUGCGGAAACUUGUUGAGAUAAAGAAAUGUACUGACUUUGACUGACUGUAUGAAAGUAGAACUGUAUAUAUUUAGUACACUACAACAAGCAUUAAGCUAUUUGUCCAGAAAAUGUUUACACAGAUUGUGUACACUGGAUGUUUUAAUACUUGUAUGUAAAUUUUAAAUUAAAAAAAACAACCAAAACAAAUAAAUGUCUAUUGAUGAGCUGCCCUUGUAUUUAUUUCAAGCAAAAUGAGUGAAUGGAGAGAAAAAUGUGAAAAUUUGAUAGGUGCAUUAUACAACACAUGAAAUGUUGAUUUGGUGUCAAGUGUUAAGUUAGAUGCUAAGCAGUCAGAGCCAUGAUGAAGCCAAGUAAUUGUCUGGGCCACCCAACAUAGAGAUCUUUCAUAAAGUUAGAUAUCACAAUAACAUUAAGCUAAAACACUAAUACACUUCUCCAGUACGAACAAACCAUACUGUUUUGGAUGUGAAAAAGACAAAAAAAAA